AUGCCUUCUUUCUGGUCAAAGGUGGCGCUUCUUGCACUUCCAGCGACGACCUUGGCUGUCAGCCUUUCCGACUUCACACCUCGAGUGUCGAAUCUUCCAACCCGGUGCGAAGCUGUGUAUACUCAAACCGUCCACGGCUGCUCCAGCACAGAUUGGGAGAAGGACGGAUGCAGCGAAGCUUGUGUGGAGGGUCUGCAGGAGAUUGCAGCCGAUGUCAAAAGUGCCUGCGAGAAUGAAGAUAUCACAGGGCAGAAUAUCAUUGUGGCCUACCUGGCAGGCUCCGGACCCAGCAGUCUGUGCCCGAAUGCUGCUGCAAUAUUAGGAGGUGGAAGCUCUUCAAAUUCGGAUACAGAUAGCAGCACGUCGACACCAAGCACCAGGCCCGGUGCCAGCUCUGCGUUGAGCACUCCGAGCUCCACAUCAAGUACGCCGAAAUCGACCAAGCCGUCUGCGACAUCAACAGCAGCCAGCGAAACCGAGACUGUCAGCAGUGUGACCACCGCACCGGCUGCGUCCUCCAGCACUGGCCUAUUACUCGAUACUUCAAGCACUCCGACUUCCGGCAGUGUCUCGAGCACAAGCUCAGCUUCGGGCAGCUCACAAACCGAUAACGGACAGAGCGGUGGAGGCAGUCCUUUUGAUACACCAAGCAACAGCGCAGCACUUCCAUCAUCCCCACUGACAGCAAUCGUGGCAGCCGCGCUGAUGCUCUCGAUGCUCGUUCGGUGA